AUGUCCAAUACUGUAGCCCCAGAGAAAGAGAGCCACGUCAGCAUAGCGCAAUCACAGCCAAUCAACGCCACUGCGUUCAAUCGCUACCUAACGCUCAUCGCCAUUAAGCUUGCUAGGCGCUUCCGAAAACAACCUGAUAUCCCCAUACUAUUUCUUUUCAAGAAGCUAUGCGUAAAGUGCGGUACUCAAGUUGAUCUUAGCGAGGCUUCAACUAUGCAAUUCGUCGCAAAGCAUACCUCGAUUCCAGUCCCUCGCGUUCACUGCGCUUUCACGCACAAAAACCGAACAUAUAUUGUGAUGGAGCGGAUACACGGAGAACCAGUUUGUGACAGCUGGCGUAUACGUUCAGAGGAAAGUAGGGCGAGAAUACUAGCCCAGCUCAAGAACAUGGUUGAGGAGAUGUGUCGCAUCACGCCUCCGGAUGGCAUCGGUGUCGCUAACGUAGAUGGCGGCUCCUUGUAUGAUAUGAAGCUACCUAGUUCAUCGGGUCAUUUCGGGCCUUUUAGGACGAUCCACGACUUUCACAGGUACCUGCGAGGAGGUCUGGAAGCACAGCCAAACCAUUAUCCGGAGAUCAGUGAACUCAUCUCUCAGCAAGACAAAUAUGGGUCCCCUCCACCGGUAUUCACUCAUGGAGACUUGCACAGCGCGAAUAUUCUCGCUUCUGGGGAUAAAGUCGUUGGUAUUGUUGAUUGGGAAACGGCUGGAUGGUACCCUGCUUACUGGGAGUACACUACUGCCUGGAAUGUAAACCCGCGAAAUUUAAUCUGGCGAGAAGCCGUCGACAAAUUCCUGCAGCCUCUGCCGGAAGAACUGAAGAUGGAAAGGAUACGGCUCAAAUACUUUGGAGAUGUGACUGACUAA